CGCAGCUUUUCUGCUGAUGCCUCAACAUCCAUCCAGCUUUGAGAAGAGGAGAGAGAUCGUCCCCUCGCCUCCGUCACUGAGCGAGGAGUGGGAGGAGUCAGGGGGAGAGAUAGUGAUGCUCCAGGCAGGUGCCACCAAGUGAGAGGACGAGCUCCGAGCCCAAAAGAGUGUGAGAUGGAGCAGAUUCUGUAGAAGGCUGAAGACCCUCCGAGUCCGACCUCAGCUGCUGUGUUUCCAGAUUCUCCUGCUGCUCCUCCGUCUCCUCCUCCGCUGCCAUGCUGUGUCCUGUGCUGCUCUGCGCCGCUCUCUUCCUCCUCAAACCUCUGGACGUCUCUGAGGCGCGCGCUCUGCAUCCCUCCACUGAUGCUGUGCAGUUCAUGGAGCAGUUCCUGGACCGCUACAACGACCUUUCAACGCUGGGCGACCUGGAGAACCUGCUGAGCAGCCAACCUGAGGAGCAGUCCACCCUCUCCUCGGGGGUCAAGGGGGCAGAGUUUCCCAAAUGGGCCGAUCCACAGUCGCCGCCCGAGAGCCCCUGGCUGCGUCUGCUCAAAGGCGCCCUGGCAAAUCAGAAGCGCGCCGAACCCGACCGCUCACGGAGGGGCUGGAACAGAGGGUGCUUCGGCCUGAAACUGGACCGGAUCGGGUCCAUGAGUGGACUUGGCUGUUAGUGGUGAAAACAGAGGGGUGCGGUCCUGAGAGGUGACAUCUGUGUUAGAUCAUAUUAGGUGAAGAGUUCUCACCCGUCUGUAGGGAACGUGUAGUUUGUCGUGAACACGCAGACGCCGCCGCUCAUGUGCUUUUUCACCCGAAACCACUAAAAACACACGCCAUCAUUUAGCAGAGCCGCUGUAGCGUCAGUUAGCUGUACCAUGUGACCUGUGCUCGUUCAACGUUAGCGUUGUUGUUACAUGUUUUUGUUUUGUUUUUAAGUAUUUGUACUUGAUGUAUUUUUAGACGUGUAGGUCUGGUCUACAUCAGGUGGAGUGGACUGCAGUCCAGUUGGGAUGUGGCCCAGUUUUUUUCUGCUCAUUGUUUAUUUUUUUUAUAUAUCUAUAAUUUGCAUGAAUAAAUGGAUUUGUCAUUUGC